UUCGUUUAACACCCCCCCCCUCUCAUAAUUUUAUCAUUUUGCUUUUGCUUUGAGUUUCUUGUUUAUCAAUGGUAAGAGCUCCUUGUUGUGAUAAAUCCAACGUUAGAAAAGGACCAUGGUCCCCCGAUGAAGAUAACACCCUCGUAAACUACAUUCACAAACAUGGCACUGGGGGCAAUUGGAUUACUCUUCCUCGUAAAGCAGGCCUUAAGCGAUGUGGGAAGAGUUGUCGUCUACGGUGGCUUAAUUAUCUAAGACCAGACAUCAAGCAUGGAGGGUUUUCCGAGGAAGAAGAUAACAUCAUUUGCUCCCUUUAUAGUACCCUAGGAAGCAGGUGGUCUGUUAUAGCUGCUCAACUGCCUGGAAGAACAGACAAUGAUAUAAAGAACCAUUGGAACACCAAGUUGAAGAAAAAACUAUUGGCCGCAAAGAUCAAAGGCGGCAACAAUGAAAUAACAACAACCAUCUCAGCAGCACCAUUUUGUAAAGCUGUAGGUUCCGAUGGAAGCAGCCGUACUACAUCGUCUUCUUACAUGACAGACAUGAAAACAUACCAGAAAAAGUACUAUGAGUAUCCAGCACUGGUUUUGGACCAAACUGAUCAGUUUUCAAUGCCAUAUCUUCCCUUUGAGAACAAUUAUGGAGCCGCUUGGUGUAGCAAUGGAGUUAGUAAUGAAGGUCAAGGGAUGAUGGUGGAUCAUUUUGUUGAUUUUGAGGUUGACCCACAACAUGUUUUGAGUGGUUCAAGCUUUCAAGAGGAAAAUAUCAAUGGAGUUGGUGAUGAUCCAUGGUUUGGGAUCCUUUCUGCUACACAUUACAACAUCUUUGACUAACAAACAGACUGUUGUACCCUAAUGUAGUCCAUGGCAUAUAUAUAAACAUUGUCAAAGGAAGCAAAAUAUGUUUUUUUAAAAGAGGGGAAACUAUUAAAUGUUUGAUAAAGUGGAGAGACAAAUAAUAGUUGUUAUAAUUAGAUGUUUAAUAGGGUAUGAAAAUGGGAGUUCAAUGUAACUGAUGAUUUUAAAAGUAAACUAGUUGGAAUGGAUUAUGAAAUCGGCAGAUCAAUGUGAAUAAAUAGUG